CUUGUUUUGGUAGUUGCGCGAAGCAUUACUGUACUCGGGCGUAAUUACUUGCCUGAAGUUAUCCAUCACCUCUUUACAGGACACGAGCUCCAUCUUCGCCAUACUGCUCCGCUUGCUCGCGUCGCCUUUAAGAACCCGUCAUUUCGUGAUGAUGCUUUCCACUCGUACCGCUGUGCCUUGCUCUGGCCGCACCGCUUUCGGGGCCGUGCGACCGGUCUGCCGGCCGGCCCGCGCUUCCACGGUGACCCGUGUAGCAAAUGUGACUGAGGCAUCAUUCGAUGAUGAAGUACUGAAGGCCAGCGCCGGCCAGCCUGUGCUGGUUGACUUUUGGGCGAGCUGGUGCGGGCCAUGCAAGCUGGUCGCGCCACUGAUGGACUGGGCGGAGAAGGAGUACGGUGGCAAGCUGAAGGUGGUGAAGAUCGAGCAUGAUGCUAACCCAAAGCUCAUUGCUCAAUACAAGGUGUACGGCCUGCCCACCCUCAUCGUGUUUAAGGAGGGUCAGGAGCUGGCCAACAGCAAGCGCGAGGGCGCCAUCACCAAGGCCCUGCUCGAGCAGUACCUGACCAAGAACGGCAUCACUAAGUAAACAAUGCUUUGAGCAGCGUUGUUGUUGAUGUUGGCUUGGUGUGAAGCAGGCGCGGAGCAGCGCAGAGGCGGCCAGGCGGGCGGCGCUGUGAGCGGCUUUUCGGGAUGCAGUAGACCAGGCCUGGCAAUGGUCAACAAAGCAAGGCACACUAGGGCCCGUGUCGACUGGGGCAGGGCGUGCAUCGUGGCGGCGCGCCCAUGCAGCCGGUCGCCUGCUUGUACUGCAUUUUGUCAUUUUUGGUGUGGCGUGGGCCGUGUUUUGGUGAUGGCUGCACUGCUUGCUGCGCGGCAGGCUGUCCGAAGAAAGGGGACUAGACAGCAUGGUGGUAUCAUAUCCAGGAGCAGGAUGGAUGGGACGAGAAGAAUUUUCUCGAAAGUGCAUCGUGGCAUGCGCUUGGAAGGACAUUUCGGCAUGGCGGAAGGUAGUGCGCGUUAGCCGUUAGCUGGUUUGUGUUGCAGGUUCGGGCAGGGGCAGCUUCGGAUGCGGCGGGUGUCCAGAUCAAUAAGCACGGCACUGUGCAUAUGUGCGUGAACUACAUGGAGUGAUUGAGACUGAGAGCAAAGCUUAGGCAAAGAAUAAGGCUAUGAUGGGUGCGGUGUGUGCAAGCGAAAGCCCUGGAAUCCUGGAGACCGUGUGCGCGUGUGUACUGGCGAAUGUCCUGGCGCAGACGAGCCUCCGGGCCACUUCUUGCCCCUGUAAAGACAGAGUCGG